AUGGGUUUGGCCGAAGACAAAGUGUACGACUACAUCUUGAAGAACCUCAAGAACUUCAAGAACAUCCGUGUGGCGUCGCUGGCUGAUUCCCUGAGCUGCCUGACCGAUGCUGACAGAGAUGAACUUCACUCCCGGGAGGAAACACGGGGCAGCCAAGCGACCGUCUACAGGUUUUACCAGCACCUGAAGUGCCGGCAGGGCUGGGUGCUGGAUCUCAUCGACGCGCUGCGCCAGAACAACGCGGGGCACCUGGCCGACGAGCUGCAGGACGUAUAUGACUCCUGGCAAGCCCGACCCCCAGCGCGCACCGCUGCCUCCUUCCGCCCCGCGGCCAGCGAUGCCCGUCCCGCCGUCUCCUCCGUCGGUGCCCAGAUGCCAUCCUCAGGGCCGAAUCCUGCUCCAGACGCCCCUUUGGCUGAGCAGCGGCACCGAGACCUGCUCGCCGACGGCCGCCCGCCUCUCCUGCCCAGUGCUCCCACCGCCGCCAGCACGGAGCUGGACGCCAGGGCCCCGGUGCAGGAAUCGCUCCCCAAAAACCUCCUGGAGCAAGAGAGUUCCCAGCCACCUCCGCCUGAGAGCCCGGUCCGUGACGGAGCGAGCGAUGGGCACGGCAGAGAGGGGCAUCUCUCGCAUCCCUUCGAGGCCGUGCAGAGCCGCCAGCAGCACCCGGUGUGUGUGGACAACGGGUGUUUCGGGAACGCCAACCACCUGCGCCGUGGCACACCGGGCUUGGGUCUGGGCAGGUCCCUUCCACCGAGGGACGUGAGCUCUGCUCGCAGCCCCCAGCAGCGCAGGAACGAGCCCGAAGAGAACUUCUACAUCUCCACUGAGUUACCCCCGAGGCUGCAGGAGACCGCUCGCAGCGAGGGGCCGCAGCCCCCAGACUCGCUGCCGAAAAUCCAGGCUGAGCACGGCGACCCCCCGGGCAGCUUUGUGGAUGUGCGCAGCCCCCUCCUCCUCCAGCAGCAGUUUGAUGCGGAGCAGAAGCUGCGAGAGCACCAAGGCGGAGACACUCGGCUGGAAACAACCACCCCCGUCGCUACCCCUGCGCCCAGAGACGCUUCCCCAUCCCGCGACGCCUCCCUGAAGCCUCCGGUACAAGAGGAAAAACCACCCGCGGGGGAGGCGGCCAGCAGCACCCCCUCCGUGCUGACGAAGCAGAAAGUGCUCCCGGCCUCGGUGGACCCUCUUCCAACUGCUACAGGAAGAUUUGAAGGCACGUCUAGGAGGACAGCAUCCCAGGUGAGCUCCGGCACGAGCAUCUGGGUAUCUUGCAGCAACGUGGAGAGGGAUGUGGAGCUCAGCAAGCCGGGUGUUCUCCUCUCCAUGGCUAGGGAGAGCCCAGAGGUGGCCAGCAGAUGCCCCAGCGGCCCCUAUUCCGAGGUGUCCGAUAGCCUCACCUUCAGCAGCGACCUGCUCUUGGUGAGCACGGAUAGCUCGAGCUCCGGAGAAGCUCUCUCCAGAGUCUCCUUGGGAUGCCCGGCUCCAGCAGGUCGUGCAGACCCUGGGGAAGGGGAGGCAGCGGGAGCAAGCAGAGAGUCCCGUCCACCUCCGAGCUGGGACAGCACCUCCCUGGGCACCCACGAGGUCCGCGUGGCCCAUUACCCCAGCACCCAGCUCGAGGCAGGCAGUGACCUCCAAGAUGGAGCCGGUCCCCUGGGAAACCCUCCGGUUUUUGACUCAAGUAGGGGUCAUGGCACUGCGACCAGCUCAUCUCAGGCCAAAGUCCCCCCAGGGGACAGCCAUGGCCCGUCCCUGCCAUACAUCAUUCCGGCUGUGGGCAUCGCUGUGAUCUCAGCUGUGGUGUUCCUGGUGUACGCUCGAUGGCAGAAAUAG